AUGGCCUCGUCCGAUUCAACCCUACCAGGGAUACCAAGCAAAUGGAUGCAAGCAGCCCUGAGAGAAAAGGUAGAGAAUAAGACAAUCCAUGAGAUUGAUCUUAGUUCAGCUUCGUCUAUACAAGAGGAGCAGUACUUGAUGCUUCGUGUCCUGUGGAAAUCGCAACUGUAUUACACGCUGAAUCUAGCAAAGUUUGGUCUAGACGAAUGGGCUAAGAAGGCAGCUAGCAUGUUAGAAGAAUACCUCUCAUGGACAGACUACCUUGCAAGCUUCUCUAGUGACUUGAAGGAGGGAACAUUUGCCCUUCCUCGGUUCUAUCAAAAACAGGCCGCUCACAUCCCAAUGAAUGCUACGUUUCGGCCCAAUGUCACAGUCAGUCCGCCUCGCAGAAGCACUCGGCUGAAAGAUCUAGCGACAGGCAUCAAGAAGCUUUCAUUCGAUGCACCCAACGAGCCACCAGUUACGCCCAGAGCUCAGUCGCCCGUCGAGUUCAAUGAUACCCCAGCGGAGGGCAGUGCCACUAAGGAAACACCUCCCUGGGAACGGUCACAUGGGCCCCAAGAGCUUCUAGACCUCAACUACCCAAAGACUAAAGAUGAGCAAAUCGUGAAUACAGCUUUGAUAGAUUUUCUCAAUGCGUUCGUUAUCCAUCGUAACUUCGGAUCUUAUUGGACGCUGCAUCGGAAACCUUUCGUGGCCAGUUUCAGACAUGGGUCCUUUGAAGCUCGCACGGACGGGUGUCUCGAAGGCGGAGAUUCGGAAAGUUUGAAGACAUAUGCAAUUGUGGAGGUAAAGCCAAUGUUAAGGCGAAAUCAAUUAGCACGCAUUGCAAUGCAGGAGGCAGCCGAAAUGGUUGCCUGGAUCAAAGCUGAGCCUGACCCUACUGGCUUCGUAAGCAGCUGUGGCAGUCGUAUUUUGGUCUCCCAAGAUCGACAUGAGAUCUACCUCACCUUUGCCGAGUAUGGUGAGAAUUAUGUCAGGUAUUUAAACAACACACAGGGCAAUGAUGAAGCACCUGGCUUUCUAACAAUGCACGGAUUCGGGCCUUGGGAUACUGGCAGAGUUGGGGAUAUGGAAGAUCUAGGUCGGAUCUUGCUCGCAAUUGCUUUGAGGGCUGAGAGAGGCGAUCUGGCACCUAAAGAGUGA